AUGCCCACAAAAUUGAAACUCAAUCUUCAAUCGAGUGCUAAAAUUGUGUCAAAUGUGAAGAAUGACAGUGAAAGUGAAGUUAUUGUGCGGACACUUUAUGGCCAAUUGAGUGGCAAAAGAUUGGAUGUGUUUGGAUCGGCUGUCUAUGCAUUUCUUGGUGUGCCGUACGCCAGACCACCUCUGGAUGAGCUCAGAUUUGCGGCCCCACAACCCAUGAAGAGAUGGACAGGCGUGAGAACAGCCACACAAUUCACGCCAAUGUGUCCGCAAGUGAUUAUUCCCAAGUCUAUUGUGGACAUGAAUUAUAUCAGCGAAAAUAUAUCCGAAGAUUGUCUCAGUCUUAACAUAUGGACGCCUGAAGUGAGACCCAAGAAGUUGAGGACAGUUAUGGUUUGGAUACACGGCGGAGGCUUUCUCUACAAUUCAGCUAAUAUUCAUGAAAAAGAUGGUCGAGUUUUGGCUAAUUAUGGAGAUGUGGUCGUUGUCACCAUUAACUACAGGGUGGGAGUGUUUGGCUUUUUGAAUACCCGCACAGAGGAGGCGCCCGGAAAUAUGGGUAUAUAUGACCAGUCGAUGGCAUUGAAUUGGAUUAAAGACAAUAUCGUGGCUUUCGGUGGCGACCCAAACAAAAUUGUGCCCUUCGGGGAGAGUGCCGGUGCUAUUAGUAUCGGGAUAUUAAUGACAUUCAAUCGGACGAGAGGUCUGUUCUCGAGGGCCAUCACCCAAAGCGGUAGCUUUUUGUUGCCACAAACGUCACAAACAUUUGAAAACUCCAAGAAAUUUGCAAAACUUGUCGGUUGUCUUGACGAUGAAGAAGAUGAGUACGUGAAUCCAUUUUCAUUGGAUACCAUUGAAUGCCUCAAAACCACAGACUUUGAUCAACUCAUGAAUGUCUCGAAUUCAUUCCUCAGUACAUCUGUUAUGGCAUUCAUGCCAUCAAUCGAUUCAUACUAUGAAGACAUCUCAUCACCGGUUGAUUACCUGUUGGAAGACAACUCGUAUUCUAAUGUCAAUGAAUUGCUGACUGGUUUAGUGCGGAACGAGGGCUCAUUUUUUGUGUAUAUUCUCAAUCCAAACAUAUUUAAGUUGGAUAGUUAUCCCGAGUUAAGGACAUUGCAAGAGACGCGAGAAAUGUUUAUUAAUUUGGUUAAGAAUAGGACAGACAUCAGAGAGGAUAUGCUGUCAUUUGUGGCUAAAAACUACAUAAAAGGUCCUCAAAGUGACUCUCCGGAGAAGAACAUCGAGCGCCUGAUCGAGGCGUUUGGCAACUCAGUCAUGAACUGCCCGACCAUUUAUUUGGCCGACGAAUUGGUGGCCAGAAAUAAGACGGUUUACAUGUAUUUGUAUGAUCACAGACCCAAGUCUAGUCAAUUUGGUGAGUGGUUGGGAACCGUACACUACACCGACGUUCCCUUUGUGUUUGGUUAUCCUCUGAGAAGGACUGAAACUCAUAGCAAACUCGACAUCGAGUUCUCCAAAAGAAUUAUGAAAAAUUGGUCUCAUUUUGCAAAAACCGGAAAAGUAUUGUCUCAAAUGGACGUGGAUUGGCCUCAAUAUGGUGAACAAAACUCAUUUAUGUUGAAAAUUAAACGGCAGAUGUCUUUCUCGAAGAUAGAUGGUAUUAUUGAGACCUUGUACACCUGA